AAUGAAACUGCAUCAGGUCAUCAGUUGCUAUCAAGUGUCAAGUACAGCAAUUGCCUAUCUUAUCUUCCACCUUGAUUUUAAUUGGUUUUAAUAUUAGAUUCCAAGUUUCUCAAGUUCAUCUUAUAUAACCAUGUCUAUCAGAAUCUUUGUCGCUGUUGCUUUUCUGCUAAGUGUCACGUACGGUGUCUCGAGUGCGAGCGUAGCUGUAGAUCUCAUCGAUACAUCUAUGACAGUCGACAAUGCUACCAUCGUAGACAAUUCGACAAAAUCUCUGAACGUGAGCGGUGCUAGUUUCAUCAAGAUUCGAGAUGUUGUUGAAGUGGCGAAACUGGGCCCUAUGUGCCAGUGUUUGUGUACCAACGUCACUGAUGUCGAUGUGCAAAUCAAAAGUGUUCCUCGUUUGGACAGCUCUACGGACAGUGCUUCAAAAGAGAGCAGCCAUUUUUUCGAAGUGCGAGCUGUCCGGCAAGUAAAUGAGUCUGGUGCUAAUGUCAAACUGGGUUCCGAAAACAGUGAGCUGUUUGAUAGUUCGACGGACAAGGCUUUGAACGGAAGUGAGGCCAAUGUAACCGACAGUGCCACUCUUUCGCCUUCCAUUGUAGUUCGGGAUGUUGACGUCCAACUAGUGAAGCUGGAUGCCAACGUCUCUGACGCAUCUGCUGCCAACUCAAGUUUGAAUUCAACAGAUGAUUUGGCUUUUCUGAGUUCCUUGGAGGAGCGUGAUGCAGUUGAUGGCUCUGAAAUCGACGAGGAGUUUUUGGGAGACACUGCCACCAUUUCCAACAUUACCAGCAUGAUUCUGGAAUUUGUAUUCGAUGUAGCUCCAAAUGCUUCGCAGGCGAAUGUUUCGUCGAUGGUUGGCGAGCGGGAAACUGGUGAGGAUGUGCAGGAAUUUGCCGACACUGGUUUCGAUGAGUCUGACAUGGAUCUCGAGGGCCUGGUUUUAUUGAAAGAUGAGAAUAACUCAAAUGCUAAAGUAAAUAGCACUACGUCUGCUGAUUUGGAAGGAUUUGAGAUGGAAGCAAGUGACGAGUAAAAUCGUUCGGGACUUGGGAAGCGAGUAUGCUGUGUACUUGUAAAUAUCUAGCUCCAGUUUGUGAACGGCUGUAUAUCGAUCCUGUUGUCUUCUGUAAGGUGUUGUCUAUAUUUCAAAAUGUGUACAGAGCUAUAAUUUUAAUCUGUGUAAAGUACACGAUAAUUUUAAACUCUUAAAA